ACCUCUGCCCUCCUCCGCGUCCGUCCGUCUCUCCACCGCUUCGUCUCACCCUGCCUCUCUACGGUGCCACCGUACCCAGGUUAACCUCUACUCGCCGCCCUCUACGCGCAUUGCCUCCCUCUGCCAUUGAUCCCGAGACCGGAAGAGGCGCGCGGCCUGGAGCUAGCGAAGCCUCGGUGGCCGGGGAUCGGAGGAGGCGGCCACAAAAUCAACAUGGUUCUGGAGCUGGAUAGAGUCCUGAUGCUGCGCGCCGCCGUGCUCGCCGUCGUCGCCGGCUUCGCCGCCGCCCGAUUCAUCUCAAAUGACGCGCUCCAGCCGCACUCGCACGGCGCCGCCGGCCGGAGCUUGCUGCAGACCAAGAAGGACUGCCCGGUGACCUUCGAGGGGGCCAACUACACCCUCAUCACGAGCAAGUGCAAGGGCCCCCUGUACCAGCCGGCGCUGUGCUGCGCGGCGCUCACGGACUUCGCUUGCCCCUACAGCAUCUACAUCAACGACGUCGCCACUAACUGCGCCGCCACCAUGUUCAGCCUCAUCCACCUCUACGGCAAGUACCCCGCGGGGCUCUUCGCCAAUACAUGCAAGGGGGACAACCUGGGGCUCAAAUGCCCUGACGACCUCCCCCAGGUCCAGCCGGGUGAGGAGGGCAAGAACUCCGCCCCCGUUGCUACUGCUGCGCAGGCGGCACUAGUCGCGGCCAGCGCAGCUCUGGCGUCCCUGCUCAUUCUAAUGUCUUGAGCGGAGCCGGACGGCUAGCUGUACCUGUACGUCGCCAUCGUCACAAGUCAUUCGUGUGUGCGUGUGCGUCUGCGGGUGCGCUGGUUUGUGUUGCAUGCAUGAGUUUGUGGUCAUAUGUAAUUCUGGAUCCGGCCUGCACAGGGUGAUAAUUCACCGAUUGACAUGUUAACCUCUUCUUUUAACGGCUGUACAUUGUUACCACAAGGGCUAGGAAUUUUGAAGUCGGGUGCUUCCGACAAAGUAAAAUUUGGCAUG